AUGGGUGUGCUCAGCACUUACAAGGGUGCAACGCGAGCCCUAGUCAGUGGCUAUCCAAAUAAUAAAUGUUACGGGUUUCCAAAAUUGGACGAGGCUAUCUCGUUUAUGAGGGACUAUCCCAAUUAUAAAUUCUUUCGCGGGAGUGCAGAAGGUGAAAGAGCGCCGGGGAAAGGCGAGCCAGUUUACUACGCCGUGGCGAACGGUGAACACGUCGGAGUUUACGAAUUCUACCAAGGGGGGGCUCAAGAAGAAAUUGCGAGGUACUCGCAUUCGUGUCAUAAGGCGUUUAGGUCACGAGAAGAGGCGGAAGCCUUUAUAAAGGAAUACAGGACUACUGCUGACUUGGUGAAAAGAGAGUCUCUGGAUGAAGAUAUUGGCACCGUUCUUGAUAGUAUGAUGAGUCAACUUCGCCUUGAGUAG